UGUGCCUAUAAAAAGGCACUUAAAAUCAGUGGGAAAGCAGAGAAAUUUUAAUACUGUCAGUCACAGAUCCAAGCAAACAUCAGGAUAUGGCGAGGAAGAAGUUCAAACUCCAAUGGAUAAUGAAUGACACAGCCAGGAGGACAACGUAUAAGAAAAGAGGGACGGGUCUGAUGAAGAAGGUGAAGGAACUGAGUAUCCUAUGUGGCGUUGAGGCGUGCACCAUCGUCUACAGUCCGUAUGAUCCGCAGCCAGAGGUUUGGCCAUCUCCAAUGGAGGCUGUUAGGGUGGUUGGAGAGUUCAAGAGCAGGACAGAGAAUGACCAGACCAAGAAGGGGUUAAAACAAGAAAACUAUACCAGGCAGAGGGUGGCAAAAGCUAAGGACCAGCUGGUGAAACAGCAGAAGAAGAACAGGAGAAUGGAGAUGGAAAACCUCAUGUACCAGUGGCUGGCUGGGGGGAAUGGGUUUCAGACAUGAACAUCAGAGAUUUUAGGGAUUUGAUGUGCUCCAUUGAUGAUCGGUUGAAGGCAGUCGGCCACAAGAUGGAGUACUUCCAUCAUCGGUUACCCCAACCAGGCGGUGCUGCUGCUCCAGCUGCAGUUCCCGUGGCCCAAAAGACUCUGGCUCUUGAGUCACUUGAAAAUCAAAUGCUAAUGGACAUAGCUCCCAGGCCUCCGGACAGUCUGGUCACUGUGGCGUACCCAGGAGUCCAAGAUAUGAUGCAUCCUGCUCCUUACGGUCAUUAUGAGGACCCCAGUUUCUGGGGGCCUCCCUUCUUCGCUUGAGGAUUUGGCAGUCUGCCUCCCAAGUUUUUUUUUGGUCCGGACACAUACCACAUGAAUAAAUUCUAGCGGAUCUGUACUGUUUUGGCAGUCUGCCUCCCUACUCUUUUGAGUGUCUCUGUAGUCUGUACUGUUUCCUAUCAAAAUUUUGAAUCUUAAUGAAUACGCUUAUCAA